AUGGCAAAUCUCCAGCAUUCAGCAAUAUCUAACGCCGCGUCGACCCUGUGCCAAGCUUGUCGUGGCAUAUUUGGGGGGAAGGACAAGCCCUUGGCACUAACUGUUGGUGACCUCGCUCUUGUUGCACCGCCGGGAUCACACCACCAGACUGUGCAAAGCUUCCAAAGUUCUGUGGCCUCUGGCUGCUUCAUUUGCUCGAUUGUCAAGGCAGAUUUUCCAAAGGAAGUCGGCAGUGAUAGCGAGCCAGCCACCAUCUCUCGUAUAUACAAAGUCCCUACCGGAUACCAGAUCCUCAUCAUCGUUCUGGCGAAGAAUCGGCGCACCGCAAUCUACUUGAAUACUGCCGAAUUCAACAGAACCCCAACGACUAACGUUCCAAAUUAUUUACAAGACAGUUUGGUCCAUGGGUGGAUCUCAAAUUGCUGCGGCGACGCCGAGCGUCAUGCGUUAUGCCAUCGUCGCCGUGUUGUUAGCCAGAAGAUAAAGCACCGACCGAAACUUCUCCUACACGUCAGAGAGGAGAACAACAUGACGAUGUUCCAGAUUUUGGAUAUAACAACAAAUCAGCUCCAUAUUCCAUAUGCGACUAUAAGUCAGCAUCCGGAAGUGGAAGAAACUGUUCCAGGUUCAAAGAUCGAGGAAAACUCUUUCUCCCACAGCGUCGAGGUUCUGACUCGAGGCUUGCAAGAUGCUAUCCACAUCGCAUUGGCUGCAGGUUUAUCCCAUGUCUGGGUCUCGUCGCUUUGUUCUAGUUCGGCAGACAGCCAUAGACACCGCGGUGACGUCUAUGCUUCGGCUGUGUUCAAUAUAGCCAUGCUGGACUCCACCCCUCAGACGAGCCGGCCCCUCUUUCCGGCCUCAAAACAGUGUCAAGUCCCUAUUGUUAACCCUGGCUGGUCCCCCAAGGACUGCUUGAUGGUUUAUUCCCAGGAGUCCUUUUCCGAUUUGGUAAGAAGCUCUAAUCUGUGGACCAGCGCCUCUUUUCAUCAGGACUUUCUCCUGGCGCCAGCUACGAUUUUCUGUUGCGAGCAACAGCUCUGGUUCCAAUGUCUCGAGGGAACUGUGCAUAGUUCUUGGCUCCCCACCGGCCCCAGUGAUGGCCUCGUGUCACCGCUCUGUCUGACUCGACCACAUGGUCUUGAUCCAAAAUCUUUGGACUUUGCCGUGGCUGCUGACAAGUUUGACACGCGCCUGGCGGCUUUCUGGACCGCUGUUGUGGCAGAACUUUCGGCGGCAGUUGCAAACAAUAUCGUAGCGCGAACUGAAAUCACCGACGUGAUAGCAACGAAGACAAAAGAGCUCGAAGCUCCCUCUGCACCAGAAUUCCACUUAGUAUCCUGCGCACAUGGUGUUUGGUCUCGCAUGAUUACCUAUCAACUAGCAUGGAAUUCGAAACAGACAUCAUCCAGAUCUUUAAUGUGCACUCCAAAAGCAGCCUUCGAGUGUCUUCCCAGUUGGUCUUGGCUCAGCGUUCCCGGCGCUGUAGAGUUCAAUUUUCUGACCUCUACACCUGGCCUGCAGACAACAAAUAUUUGGGAGGAUAUUGCACCUCCGCUAGCCACAGUCACGUUCGCAGAGCCCGAGACGCCCGAAUGCCUACCCAGCAAGCUCCUGGUGCACGGCAGGUUAUUCAGGGCGAUUCCUGAGUUCCCUUAUACAUCUCAAAACAAUCACCAAUACUGCCCUACGGUUGUUGAUUCAAUUGGCAAAGCAUAUGUAAUGUGGGACCGCAUCGAAGAGUUUCAAAAAGCGACAGAUACCGGACGUAGGAAUUUCUACGUGGUAUGGCCAAUUUUCGUUGUUAUUGACAAGCCAUCGUCUACGCUAGAAGCCAAAGGCCUCUUGUUACGACAGACCACGACGAAGGACGCAUAUGUUCGAUGCGGGUCGUUUAGCUAUGACCAACUUAGUGACGGGCCUGUUGCGAGUGAAGCUUUGGAGGAAAUGGUGAGGGGUGAUAAAAAGGCGUUUGAUCAUUUCGUUAUACAGUGA